GGUUCCAACCCCUCCGGGGGCGGGCGGGCGGCGAAGGCUUCGGGGAGGCAGGGCCGGGGGUGGGACCGGAGCAUCACCGGCACCGGCGGCCGCGGCGCCGCGCGGGGAUCCGGGGGGGCCGGGGGGGCGCCCCGGGGGGGCCCUGCCCGCACCCAUGAGCAGGACCACCGGCCUCCAGCGCAGGACCACCUACCUCAUCUCGCUGACGCUGGUCAAGCUCGAGUCGGUGGGCGCCGCGGGGGAGGCGGAGGAGGCGGGGGGGGGCGGCGAUGGAGCCCCUGGCCCCGGGGGGGCCGCGGCUGCCCCCCGCACCCCCGAGCCCGGCCGAGCCCGGCGGCCCGAGCGGCUCUUCCAGCGGCAGGACGCGCUCCGGAUAAGUACGGCCGCUCCCGGCCCCCCCGGCCCCGACGCCCCCCGCCCCCGCUCGCCCGCCGAGCCCCCCGCCGUGCCCCCCAAACCCGACCCCGCGCUGCUGCCCCCCCCGCCGCCCCCCGCCGUGCCCCCCAAACCGGACCCGGCGCUCUUGCCCCCUCCCCCGCCCCCGGCCGUGCCCCCCAAACCCGACCCGGCGUUGCUGCCCCCCCCGCCCCCCGCCGUGCCCCCCAAACCCGACCCGGCGCUGCUGCCCCCCCCGCUCCCGGCCUUGCCCCCCAAACCCGACCCCCGUGGGGCCAAGGGCACCUUGGAGGGGCCGGGGGAGCGGGGUCUGGCCGCCCUGGACAUCCCCCAGCCCGCCGCGACCCCCCGCCGCCCGCUGCUCAGCCAGGCCACUUGGGGGGGCCCCGAGGGCCCCCCGGAAUGUGGCAGAGCCCCCCCGCCGCCCCUGGACCCCCCCACGGGCUCCCCGCACCCCUCCGCCGGCGCCCGCCGCCUCCGCCUGGCCGGCCCCAAGCCCCCCAAAGCGGCGAGCGGCGCGGGGACCCGCGGGACCCCCGACCCCCGGGCGGGCAAGACCCCCGCCAAACCCGCCGGCAGCCGCCUGUCGUGGCCCGAGGGAGAGGGGAAGGGGCGCCCCAAGGCGGGGGGCAAGAGCGAGGGGCCCCCCCGGGCCCGGCUGUCCCCCAGCAAGGGCAAGAGCAAGACCCUGGACUACAGCGACCUACGGGGCUGA